AUGAUGGGAGCGACGGGGUUUAUUGCGACGGAGGAUGAGAACUGGGCGAAGAAGAACGCAGGCACGCUAGAUCUGAUUAUCUCGACUGUUUCGUCGCCGAAUAUGCCACUGUCGGAGUAUCUGGCGCUCCUCGCGCCAAAGGGACAUUUCAUCCAGGUCGGCGCACCUGAGGAUGUCUUGCCACCCAUCAACGCCUUCUAUCUUAUCGUGAAGGGUAUCAAGCUUGGUGGAAGCUUGAUCGGAACACCACAGGUUUUCAGGCAGCCCGAAGUUGGAAUGAAAAGCGCUGAUGGGCAAGCACAAAUUCCAGAGUUGGUAUUGCAGUGUGAUAAAGGUGUCCUUCAAUCUGCUAUAGUUAUUAGCUACAGUUCUAGCUAA